UACCAGCACCCGAGCACACUGCUGGAAAAAUCCCAGUCCCGGAAGCCAAGCCCACAGCCCCGUCCUGUGUAAGUGCUCAGCAGCAACACCUCAACUGGGCCCCGGGGCUCCUUAAAAGAAGUUAUUUGUCACCCUUGAGUGCCUUCUGGGCAGAGGGAGGCAGGAGCCCGAGCUCUGUGCAGAGCAGGGCUGAGACAAUCCCAGGGGCUGGUUUUGCUGCGUGGCGCUGGGAGGAGGAGCCAUGUCGCAGCCCAGUGCCAUGGUGUGGGGACCGCGGCGUGGGGCAGGGGCCAUGGGGUGGCUUGGCUGGGCCCGGUGAGGUGUGGUGGUGCCAGCAGCCCGCAGCUUCCCCCAGCACGACUCCGACUGCGUUUGUGGGCGGCCAGGAAGUGAGAUCACAGCUCCAGUGCUUUAAGGCAGGACGGGAUCCAGAGGGAUCCAGCAGUUCAGGAUCCCAGCGGGGCGUCCGCAGCCAUGGGCCAGUGCACGCUCCUGUCCCACCUGGGGCUGGCUUGCUGCCUGCUGCUGCUGCUAGGGGGCUCUGAAAGCCUGGGGAGCCAAGGGAAGCAGCGCGGGCCCUGGGAAGAGGACCAGAGCGCCGUGACGGAGGCAGCCCCGUGGGCCAGAGCAAGGUACGAAGCCGUGAAGAAGCACUUGGGAUCUGUGGGAGCUCUCUCCAAGCAGUACUGGCAGUACCUGGCUUGCAAGGUGUCCCAGGAGGGCUGUGAAGAGGAGGGGAAGAAGAAGGCUGGUCCCAGCCCAGGUUGGAGCUUGCCUCUGGUGGGCCAGGAUUACCUGGAGAUCCUCUCUGCCUGGUACUGCAGCUUCGGCAAGUGCUGCGAGACGGGAGACUGCAGGAUAGUCAACAAUAUCACAGGGCUCGAAAUGGACCUCAACAGGCAGCUCCACGGGCAGCACUUGGCCAAAGAUGUCGUCAUCCAGGCGGUGCGACGCUUCCUGCAGAGCCCGCAGCCGGAGAAGGCUCUGGUCCUCUCCUUCCACGGCUGGUCCGGCACAGGCAAGAACUUUGUGGCCCGGAUGGUGGCCAGUCACCUGUACCGGGACGGGCUGAGGAGUGAGUGCGUCAGGGUGUUCAUCGCGCUCUUCCACUUCCCCCAUCACAAGUACGUGGACUCGUACAAGGUUCAACUGGAGAAGCAGAUCAGUGAGACUGUGCAGCUCUGCAAGCAGUCCCUGUUCAUCUUUGAUGAGGCAGAAAAACUUCAUUUUGGACUCCUGGACGCCAUCAAGCCCUUCGUGGCUCAUGACGGCAACAAGGGCCAGGUGGAUUACCGGAGAUCCAUCUUUAUCUUCCUCAGCAAUAUUGGUGGCAACACCAUCAAUGAGGUAGCCCUGGACUUCUGGCGGGCCGGCCGGGCACGGGAGGAGAUCUCCUUGGAGUUCCUGGAGCAGCGGCUGCGGCUGGAGCUGCUGCAGCCCGCAGAGAACGGCUACGCUCACAGCCACCUCCUUGAAGAGAACCUCAUCGAUGUCUUCGUGCCGUUCCUGCCCCUGGAGUACCACCACGUGAAGCUCUGUGCACGCGACGCCUUCCUGGCCCGUGGACUGCCAUACACAGAGGCAGCCCUCGACGAGGUGGCCAGGAUGAUGGUGUUUGUCCCCAAAGAGGAGAAGCUUUUCUCUGCACAGGGCUGUAAAUCUGUAUCCCAGCGCAUCAAUUACUUCCUUCCUUGAACACCAGGUGGGACUACACCAGUGGUGAAGGCAGUUUUGCACACUAGGAGUUGCUCUCCUUGCACAAGGUCAGGCAAGCAGCAGAUUACACAGCCGUACACUUGCACAGGGGCAGAGACUUAACUCCUUGUCGCUCUGUUGGCAGGGAGGGCUGUGCCCUGGCCAGCCUUACUCGUGGGGCACCAGCACAGCUUGGCUGUGUUUGAAGUCCUUCUGGUGUUUUUUUAAGUUCCUUCUUUUAGCCCGAAGUAGCGAUUUGGUUGUGCUGACAGAUGCUUUGUUUCAUGUGAAAGGGGUUGGCUUCAGUUUGUCAUCUCGUAAUGAGGGCCUUGAACAGCCUGGGCCUGUUGAGAGAGUCCAGCAGAAGCCACAGCCUGUUCCCUGGCUGCAGCUUUCUGUCACUGUGCAAGCUCUCAGACUGCACAGAACGCCUUUGCUGCUUUUGAGGGUUUUUCUAUAUUGCUCUCCUGCAUUCACAAGGUGUGUGGCACUUGGGGACGUGUACCAGGAUCGUGGUUUGGGCAGGGACACCUUUGCAUAGAGAGAACGACUGAGAGUCUGGUGCUGUAAAACCCCCAGUCUGUGGCUUUGGCCUGCCCUGUCCCUCUCUCCCCUCUCUUGGAGUCUUUCGUUCUAUGGAAGCAGCUGUGGGGAUGAGGUGAGCAGCUGCUGAAAUUGUUUCUCUAAGCAAUUUGGUAAAGAGCCUGUUUGGCUCACUGCAGGAACUGGUUUAGGGCGAGGCAAUCUCCCAUUUCAUGGGCAAAGGGCAGCUGAGGAGGAUGGUGGCUGAAAGAACAGGUUGCGAUUGAAUUCUGUUUUUUCAGAGAUGGAAUAAGAUUUUUUUUCUUUUUUCCCCCGGUAUGCAUGCUGUGGCUUUUGGGCUGGUAUCAGCAUUACUACACCAAGGGGCUGUUUGCUGUCUGGGUACUUGCCAGGUGAUAAGUACCUGACAGCAGGACCAAAAAAUUUCAACAGUGUUACGGGAAUCACUCUGUGACCUCUGGGUCAAAACUCCCUUCCAACACAGCUGUGCUCGGCAGCGAGGUGAAUCAGCACAUGCCAAGGACGGGCUUUAGCUGCCUGAAUGCCACAUGUGCGGACCUUUGAGCUAUUUUAAGCUUUGACCCUUUCUGUUGUGCCAGCGAUGAGCAGCACAACCCUGGGAAAAGAUUGACCAGACACACUUACUGCUCCGGCAGACUUUGAGUCCGCGUUUCCCUCCGGGCAUGCCAGUGCUGUUACCUAAUGAGGCUUCCUAGUCUGAGGCAGGAAGACGAGCUGGCUGCUGUCUUACCGCUUGCUUCUCUCUGUGCAAAGUUGGUUUAAACCGGGCUGUUGACUCGAAGUUGGACCUUUAGGGCCUGUGCCAGCAUCUGCUUUUAUUGGGCAUUUCUGGGACUUGGUCUGUGGGUGCUCACGUUGCCUCGUGUCAGUCCUAAAGCGUCGGCCUGGGAACAGCCGAGGGAGCUGCACCCAGGGAAGGUGAGGUGGUGGAGGGAGGCUGCAGCCCCCUGGAGGGCACAACUCAGGUGC